AUGGCUUCUACCAUGAAGCGCAACUCCGACUUCUCUACCGGCCGUGCCGCCUCCAGGAAGCGCGGCCCUGGAGGUCGUGCCGACAGGGACGGAGACAUCAGCAUGGAUUCUCGCCCUCGCAACAACAACAAUCGCAUCGGCAAGAGCUCUCGUGGUGGUGCUGGUGCUGGUGCUGGUGGGAACCGCUCGAGCCUUGGCCGCAAGGGCCUCAACAUCAACGCUCUCGAAGACGAAGUCGACAUGCAGGCCUCUUCUGGCACCUCGGCCUCCACCAAUGUCCGCGCGCGUCCCCGCAACAACGACUCCCGCCCCGAGAACAUGAAGAUCCGCGUCACAGGCUGGAAGAACAGCAAGGCCGCUUCCAACGAGGACAAAGGAGUCAGCUCCCUGGUCAGCUUCCUCCAGAACAAGACGCGAAUCAACAGGCAAAAGGCCUUGAGGGCCGGUCGCAUCACCGGCAAGGCUGACGUCCACCUCGACAAGUGGCACAAGGAGAAUGACGACAGCCUGGUCCUCACGGUUCCCACCGACAUUGGAAACUCUAUGCUCCGCAUGGAUGGUUGGAGCUUCUCGGGUGCCAACAUCUCGAUCAAGAAGAUCACCAAGCAACGCUCACCCACUCCCGACGUGAAUCCGGAUGUGGCUAGGUUGCGCGCCGCUCUUACCGCCCUGCUCGACCGUCGUUACAACCCCGAAACCAGGCUUCUUGACCUUAGCGCCCUCGGCACGGAUGAAGACCUCAAGAAGAUUGGCGUCUUCGACAUGGGCACCUCUACGGCGGCCAAGGUCUUCCCUGCCAUUAUGAAGCAGCUGGAUCUCCUGUUCACGACUCCCCAAGAGAAGGAAGAGAAGUUUGACGCAAUCACCCUCCACAGCAACGAGCUCUCUUCACUGGAGAACAUCACGACCCUGUCGCUCUCGCUCCCGGAUCUCAAGAACCUCGAUCUGAGCAACAACAAGUUCGCCACGCUGGACGCCCUCCGGCCCUGGAAGAGGCGAUUCCGCAAGCUGGAUCACCUGGUCCUGACCAACAACCCCAUCGAGCAGGUCCCGGACUACGCCGCUGAGAUCAUCAAGUGGUAUCCCAGCCUCCGCUUCCUGAAUGCAGUCCAGGUUCGCUCGGAUGCCGAAGUCGCCCAGGCGCAAGCGUCGCAGAAGAAGGGCCUCCCCGUCAAGCCUCGCACCAUGCUCGGAGACGAGGAAGUCACCAACAACUUUGUAUCCGCCUUCUUUCCGGGCUUCGACGUCGACCGCAACGCCCUCGUCACGGCGUACUACGACCAGACGUCCCAAUUCAGCUUCGCGGUCAACAGCCACGCUCUUCGCGACCCUUCGGCGAACGAGGCUCUCACCAAGUCAGAGUGGGAGUCGUAUAUCCGCAAGAGUCGCAACCUCAAGGCCAUCACCCACGCCCCGGCCCGCCAAGCCCGCCUUUUCGUCGGCCAGGAUCAGAUCCGCGAGGCUUUCGCGACCAUGCCCGUGACCAGGCAUGCUGCCGACCCCGACAAGGUCCACAUCGAGUGCCAGUCGCUGCCCGUGGUCCCCGAUGGCACCGGCCAAUACCCGCAGGGAGUCGUCGGAGCACUCAUCACGGUCCACGGCGAGUACGAGGAGAUGGACGUCUCGACGGGCCAGGCCACCAAGCGCCGCUCCUACGACAGGUCGAUCACGCUCGGCCCCGGCCUCACCGCAAGCGGCCUGCGCGUCAUCAACGACAUGCUCACGGUCCGCGCGUACGGCGGAAGCGCCGCCUUCCAGCCCGACCAGAUGGUGGCCGAGCCGGUCCUGUCCGAGCCGGUCCUGUCCGAGCAGGACUUGCUGGUCCUCGAGUUCUCGAAGCACACGGGCAUGACGGUCGACUACUCCCGCAUGUGUCUCGAACAAAGCGGCUGGGUCCCGGACGCGGCCCUGGCCACGUUCGAGUCCGCCAAGGCCACGCUCCCGGCCGAGGCCUUUAUCAACGCCGUCUGA